AGCAGCAGCUCUCCGCCGCCAUCCCUUUCGUAUUUUCUCUCUCUAAAAAGGAAGAAGCUUCAACCAGGCAGGUCUUCAAUUUCAUUUUCGUUUUUCAUACCAAUCUUCGAGUGGACUCUCCUAUUCUGAGGAAUGAUGUGGGCAAUUGCAAGGCGAAAAGUUGCUUCUAGUGGUUCUUGUGCUUGGUUACAAAAGAAGGGUAAUUUAAGAAUAAAAGUUGUGACAACAGGAUUCAUACCAACAACCCAGUACGCACAUUACACGUGUUCCUUUGGGAGGAUUCGACCUGCAUCAACGGCAUCAACGCCACGUGGAUAUGUUGCUUCGACCACUGCUAAUGAGACCCUACAUCUUGGGAGAGGAUCAAAACUAGUGCAACACUUUGAUCAACGCAUUUAUUUGGGGUGUCCAGCUAAUUCAAAGCCUGUAAGGCAUGUGUCAUUUCUUCAAACAGAUUUUCCAAGUCGAUUGCGGAGUAGAUCAUUUUCUUCAGACAAUGGUGAUCUGGUUGACGCUGUAGUGCCUUUUAUGGGUGAAUCCAUCACUGAUGGCACUCUGGCCGUGUUUUUGAAGAAACCCGGUGAUCAUGUUGCAAUUGAUGAGCCAAUCGCCCAAAUUGAAACUGAUAAGGUGACUAUUGAUGUUGCAAGUCCUGAAGCUGGAAUAAUUCAAAAGUUUGUAGCCGCAGAAGGUGAUACUGUUGAACCAGGGACAAAAAUAGCAAUCAUUUCAAAGUCUGGUGAAGGUGUAACCCAUGUAGCUCCGUCGGGGACCACCGCUGAGCCAGCUCCUGCAGAAAAGAAGACAGACAAGCAAGAGUCUACCACAGAAACUCCUGUUCUUAAGGAGGCACCCAAGGAGAAGCCUAAAGCACCUCCACCACCUCCAUCUAGACCCUUGGCCACAGAACCUCAACUUCCUCCAAAGGAAAGGGAAAGAAGGGUUCCAAUGACAAGACUCAGGAAACGUGUUGCAACACGUUUAAAAGACUCUCAGAAUACUUUUGCAUUGCUGACUACUUUCAAUGAAGUUGAUAUGACUAAUUUGAUGAAGCUUCGUUCUGAUUACAAAGAUGCUUUCGUUGAGAAGCAUGGAGUGAAGUUAGGACUCAUGUCAGGAUUUGUUAAAGCUGCUGUUAGUGGGCUCCAGAAUCAGCCUAUCAUUAAUGCUGUCAUUGAUGGGGAUGACAUCAUUUAUAGAGAUUACAUUGAUAUUAGUAUUGCUGUUGGUACAUCAAAGGGCCUUGUUGUUCCUGUAAUCCGCAAUGCCGACCAAAUGAAUUUUGCUGAUAUAGAGAAAGCGAUCAAUACCCUUGCAAAGAAGGCAAAUGAUGGUACCAUAUCAAUUGAUGAGAUGGCUGGAGGCUCAUUCACAAUAUCUAAUGGCGGUGUCUAUGGAAGCCUUCUAAGUACUCCAAUCAUUAAUCCUCCUCAGUCGGCUAUUCUAGGCAUGCAUACAAUAGUGAGUCGUCCGAUGGUGGUAGGGGGUGAAAUCAUCCCAAGGCCAAUGAUGUACAUAGCAUUAACUUAUGACCAUAGGCUGAUUGAUGGAAGAGAGGCUGUCUUCUUUCUGCGUCGCAUCAAAGAUGUUGUCGAGGACCCUCGGAGACUCCUCCUUGACAUAUAAAAACAGCAGCAGAGGCAACUAUGCGAUUUCUUCUUCGCUGGUAUAUUGGUAAUUUUAUAUACUUGGUUUUGCUGAAGUGAAAUAAUGCUCAUAGCUACAAUUUACGGGGUUAUGUUCUCCCCAUAGUUUUUCAGUUGUGGCCCGCAAGGAUCAAGUUCUGCAAUUUUUUUUUGAACUAAUCUAGUUUGCAAAUUUGAGAGCUACUAGUUAUUGCAUAUUUUCUGAAUCAAUGGGUUCUGCUUGUCAUUUGGUUAUUCCUUCGGGUAUGCAAAGUUAUAGAUUGCAGAAUUUUAGACUGUUCAUUUGUAUCCAAAAAAUUCCAAUAUUGAAGAAUUACUUGCUAGUUUUAGGAAGUUCUGAAAAUA